AAAAUGUUCGCACGUGGAGUGGUUGUGCUAUUGGUGUUUAUAAUAUCGGCACAAUGUGUUUUACGAAAAGAUCGUCAGUACUGGGAAGAGUUAGGUGAAAACGAGAUAGAAGAAGCUCUGAAUAUAAAAAACAACUUAGGUGUUGCCAAGAAUGUGAUUCUCUUCAUCGGUGAUGGCAUGGGGGCUCAGACCGUAACUGCCGCGCGCAUACACAAGGGAGGAGAGGGACAUAGGUUGUCAUUCGAAAAGUUCCCUCAUAUGGGUGUGUUGAAAACAUACUCUGCGGACAAAAUGGUUCCAGAUUCUGCAUCAACAGCCACAGCUUUGCUGGGUGGUGUCAAGACUAAUGACAAGACUUUGGGAGUAGACGCGAGUGUACCCAAUCGCGAUUGUGAGGCAUCCUUACGACCUGAAGCUAAGGUGGAGUCAUUGGCAGCACAUGCUUUGAGGGCAGGAAAGGCGGCAGGUUUUGUUACAACGAUGAGAGUGACACACGCGACACCAGCCCCAGUAUACGCAUUCAGCUCUGAUAGGAACUGGGAGUGCGACGCCUUGACACCUGCCAACUGCAAAGAUAUUGCCCGUCAGUUGAUCGAGGAUUGGCCUGGACGAGACCUGAAUGUAAUUCUUGGAGGUGGACGUCAAAGUCUGAUAACAAAUGCGACGGCGUUAGAAAACGACCCUCUUAGUGACUGGGCAUGCUACAGAAAAGAUGGUAGAAACCUCAUCGAGGAUUACAAAAAGGACAAGGAGAGUCGAGGGCUGAACUAUACCUUCGUUGGUAAUACGGAACAAUUGAAGAGCAUACCCGAAGACACAGAUUAUUUAUUGGGAAUAUUUUCCAACGCUCACUUGCCAUUUGAGUUCCAAAGAAGACCUGAGUCGCCGUCAAUCGUAGACAUGACGGAGGCCGCAAUAAAAGUUCUACAACGAAAUAGGAACGGAUUCUUCCUUAUGGUUGAAGGUGGUAACAUAGACAUGGGUCACCAUAGGGGUAGAGCACGCACGGCCAUUGACGAAGCCUUAGCAAUGGAGGAGGCUGUAAAACUCGCUUAUAACAUGACCGAUCCCAGUGAUACUCUAAUAGUGGUUACAUCAGACCACGCACACUCUAUGACCAUUAAUGGACAUCCCAACCGCGGUGAUGAUAUCUUUGGUACCGUCGGUCCGUCAAGGGUAGACGGCCUCAACUACACGACGAUAGCGUACGGCACCGGUGGACCUGGCUCCCGUCAAUAUGAGAUCCAGGUCGUGAACGGCACAAACCAGAUAGUGCGGCGAGACCCUACGCAAGAUGACACCACAGACUUUAUGUACGAGCAAAUAGCUGCCAUCACCCUAGAAGAGAACAAGCACGGUGGAGGAGAUGUUGGUGUUUACGCUAGUGGUCCAUAUUCCCACUUAUUUCACAACGUCCACGAACAACAUUACGUAUACUACGCUAUAUCGUACGCAGCAAGAUUGGGCAAGUACGCUGAGCGACCCACCGACUCCGGUGCAUUCUCAAUACAGACAAAUCUUCUCCUAUCUUUAAUGUCUUUGUUAUUAGUAUUAAUUGCUGUUAUAUAGAUUUUGUUAAACUUAACAAGUUUUCAGCUUACAGAGAUACAAUUACAGCGUCCAUGCUGGAAAUGUGUACAUUUUCAAUCAUACCAUUAGAGCAAUGUAAGCAUAACUAUCAUUAACCAACUUGUGGCGUCAUACGACAUAAUUUUAUUUUUAAGUUAAAAAGGCUUAACAAGUAGAUUUGUCAAUGUCUGAUACGCACAUAAUAUAUUAUAACGCAAAUACUGGCAAACUUCACGUAAUUUUACGUUUAACCAAGAUUGAAAUGUAUCAUAAGAGAUUUAGCAUAGAGGCUUGUUUGUAAUAUAUUUAUCAUUUCAUAAAAAUAAAUCAGACUAAUCGCAGUCUUCAGUCAGUAUAAAGUAUAUCUAUCGUCCCUUUCUGUCAAAUUGUUUACGUUAUGAUGAAUAGAGAAAGAAAAGUAGACACGAGCAACUGGGUUGUUUUUUUGUUGUUGUAAAUAAGUAAUAUUAAUUUUAUUAGUAAAAUAUACAAUAUUACUUUAAGAAAGAAAAUCAGAUUUGAUCAAAGAAUAUAUUUUUAUAUAUAUUUGUG